GGGCGAGGAAGAGGAGGCAGCAGCAGCUGCGGCGCAUGGCGGCGGUGGUGCGGGGUUUCGGCGGGCGGGCGGCAGCGUGAGCGAGAAGGAGCGAACAGCAGCAGCGGCAGCAGCGGCAGCAGCGGCCGGCGGCGGCGGCGGCGAUGGGGAACCGCGCGUCGUGCUGCGUGGCGGCGCCCGGCAGCCCGGGCCCGUCCCGCAACCACGCGGAGCCGCACCGCGCGGCGGCGCGCGCAGACGACGCGCGCGACGGGGGCGCCGCCGUCCACCUCCAGCACAUCAGCGACAGGGAGGCGCUCGACGAGGUGGGCGGGGAGUGUAACCCCUCGGACCACCCGCGUGCCAGCACCAUCUUCCUCAGCAAGUCCCACCCAGACGUUCGCGACAAGAGGAAGAGCGUCCACAUGAACCACGUCUCUCCGUCGCAGCCUCUGAAGAAGUCGAGCUCCUGCUCCACGAUUUUGGACGACAGCACCGUGAGCCAGCCCAACCUCAAGUACACCAUCAAGUGCGUGGCGUUGGCCGUUUACUACCACAUCAAGAACAGGGACCCUGAUGUGCGGCUCAUGGAGAUCUUCGAUGAAAAACUUCAUCCUCUCUCCAAGAGCGAGACGCCGGCUGAUUACGAGAAGCACGAGCCGGACCACAAGCAGAUCUACCGUUUCGUGCGCACGCUGUUCAACGCCGCGCAGCUCACCGCCGAGUGCGCCAUCGUUACCCUCGUGUAUCUGGAGCGGCUGCUGACGUACGCGGAGGUGUCCGUGUGUCCGGGCGGGUGGAAGCGCAUGCUGCUGGGAGCCAUCCUGCUGGCGUCGAAGGUGUGGGACGACCAGGCCGUGUGGAACGUCGACUACUGCCAGAUCCUGCGCGACAUCACGGUGGACGACAUGAACGAGCUGGAGAGACAGUUCCUGGAGAUGCUGCAAUUCAACAUCAACGUGCCGUCCAGUGUCUACGCCAAGUACUACUUCGACCUGCGGUCGCUCGCCAACGACAACAACCUCAACUUCCCCCUGGAGCCGCUCAGCAAGGAGCGCGCACAGAAGCUUGAGGCCAUCUCUCGGCUCUGCGAGGACAAGUACAAGGACCUGAACAAGACGACGAUGCGACGCUCAAUCAGUGCGGACAACCUGGUGGGCCUGCGGAGAACCCACGCAGUGCUGUCUUAACCCCAUCAACACCAUCACGGCCAUCACCUCCACCACAGUGAUGUCCUAUCCCCAUCAACACCAUCACGGCCAUCGCUAACUCCAUCAUAAGCACCUCCACUCCCCUGCUGUUCUAACCCCACCAUCACACACCCAUCAUCGUCAUCAUCACCGCCAUCAAAACUGUGCUUUCCUUGCCCCAUCACUCACAUCAUCAUCAUCUCCAUCACUUCCACUCCAUUGUAAUCCCUAAGACCACUAUAAUCACAAUCACUAUUGUCAUCAACACUAUUACCACUGCCACUACUCCCUGCUUCUCUACAUGUGCCACCACAUCUCAGGCAGAUGGACGGGGUUGGGAGGAUGAGCAGGUUUCUGCGGUCAUGGGUCAGACUUAAUAGUGGAUAAAAAUAGGUGUGAUGGGUAAUGUACAGGAAUGCCAGCUGACUGGAAUUUAAGGCAAGAGGUAUUAAGUAUGGUCGGGGAGGACUGGGGGAUUAGUGACUUCAUUGUUUCGUGAUAGACUAGAAUAUGGAAAUGAGUCGUGAUGGACUGGGGUGGAGGGUUUCAGGCUGGGUAUGAUGCGAUGGUAUGAUGCGAUGGUAUCGCCGUGGAGAGACUGGGUCCAUCCCAGCUACGCAGCCCACCCGGAGCUCUCGUUGCGUGGAGCGACUCUCCGUGAAGGUGCCGCCUCCUCUUGCUCGUGUGACGUUAACUCUGAAAACGUUGCUCAUUCGCGGGCCAAGAUUCGUGGACUUUGGAUGACCCUGACCCCAGAGGGAGAACCCCCCCCACCUUGGGAGGAACCGGGGGGGGGGGGGGCCUGUACCGCUCGGGGACCUCCGGGGAGUACGGCGGUGGAUUCCACUUGCUGUGCACCGCACGUGGCUCUGAAGUUUAAUUCUGCCGUGGGAGGGGGGGGGGCGUGGAGGUGCGGGGGAUUCAAGUGGUUGUGGUCGUGAAGAUUGAGCUCCGGGCUCUUUGGAACUCGAGCGGAGCGUGGCUCAAGCGGCAGUUACCGAUGGACGUAGCCAGCGGCACCAACCCCGAACCCUGGCCAUGACCAUGGCUCCGCGUGCCCAGCCCCAGCGUGGCGCUGUCAUGCGGGGGGGGGGGGGGGGGUCAAGCUGGGCCACCCUGGAGCAUGCCGCUCGGUCGCGCUACAUCUCCCCGCCGCCUCCGAGACAUUUCAGCCCGUUGGCCUGGCCCCCCAUUGGCCGGGGGGCGCCUCCAUUACUUUAUUUUCUUAUUGAUGUUAUUUUUGUUUUGUUAUGGAAGUGAUUUAAGUUACAUUUGUAGGUUGAUUUUAAUUUUUUUUAAAUGCAGUAUUAGUAAUUUCAGGUCCAAUGUUUAGCGAUGAGACCCGCGUGGAUUCGGAAGGGGGGCAGUGGGAGCUGAUGAAUUGCACAUCGGGGGCUGGAGGGGAUCGGGGGGGGUGAGGGGGGGCGGAAAUGUCACUGCCCACCCCCUGCCCCCCACCCCACGGCCCCGACGCCACUUGAACUCCACGUGCCCGCCGUGGAUCCGACCCCGCGGCCCCUGCGCGUGACCGUGCCGCCUGCGAGUGCCGCUCCCCGUUCCGCCGCCGCGGCAGCAGCAGCAGCCGCUUGCUCAGAAUCUGCGGUCUCCCCUGCGAAGCGGGCAGGGGCCCAGCGAGCUUCGCCUCCACUUUCUCGUGGGGUGCGUCGAGUCCACUGUUAAUUUACGGCCAUAACGUUUUACAAUUUACUUUGCGCGCAGUUUUUUUUCCUCCAAAUUUACGAUUCUGGCGAUAACAGCACACAAGUAUCCUCUUACAAUGACAUCACAGGGUCUUUUAGAGUCCAAUUUUACAGCAGACGACGAUGCACUUUGGUAAUUCCCGUGUAAGUUGCCGGGCAGCUGUAUUGGGAAUUGAACUGUGACCAACGUGCCGACUUGCCAGCUGUCCGCUCGCAUUUGCCCGGCGCAGCGAGUGUUGCCAGCCGAAUAAAUGACCUGUCAGCCGAGGAGAAAGCCCGUCGGCCAGAACGCGCACGUGAGUUUACAUGCGCAUGCCAAGACAGUCGGCGAGGGUACGGGUGUUCAGGGCGCACUGCGUCAUGGAUGUUACCCACAAUGCCACCCUCCAUCACAGCAAGCACACGCAGCAGCCUGGCCGUAGCACCGGCUUCCAUGAGCACUUGCGGGCCUCGUUCAGCCGAGUGGUGCUAAUUGGACAUGACGGACAACUGUCGGAUUAACCCCGAAUGGUGUUCAUCGGUGCAUCGCAGCUCAAAUGUUGUCCGGUAGGAAUGGUGCCUCUACGGGCGUGAGUGCAGGCGCGACUGAUGGUGCUGCCUGCAGGCGUGGUCGUGGCAGUGCCGCAGCGAGGAGUGGAAUCCGUGUUGGGCACCAGGCCGCUGUUGGGUGCCCUCUCUGAUGAGGCCCUCUCUGAUGAGGCCCGCGGGACAGCUGCGCGCUGCUCCCACGGUGCAGCCGGGGACGUCCUUCAUCUUGGCGGUGGCGGCGGUAGCGGCGACGUGUCCCGUGAACAAAGUGUGGCGAGGGUCGUCGGUUUCAUUGUUCGAAGUUUGCGUGCGCGAGUUGUGCCGAGUCGUCCGAAAGUGAAACAAUUGAGUGUGGUGGGGUGAGGCAAUGCGAGCCUUGGUAGGGGGGGGGCAUCAUCACCCUUCACACGGCACAACACCUCACCUCCUGUACCCAGGGUGGUGGUGGUGACGACGAUGAGGGUGGUGAUGAUGAGGGUGACGACGAUGAGAGUGAUGAUGAGGGUGAUGAUGAGGGUGACGAGGGUGAGGGUGAGUGACACUACUGCGCAGACCCUGAGUGGCUGGCGAGGGAGCGUGUUUUGUAACGUGAACUGUGCUAAUGAAUUUCAAGCCCAAAUAAUUGAGCUGUGACUGGCUAAAUUGGCGCAAAACAUAUAUAUGCGGUAUAUAUAAGAAAAGGUAUAUACAAAUAUAUAUUUUUAUAACGAUGUGUUUUUAAAUGGCGGGGAAAGUCCGAAGUGACACGUGCGCUUUUGAAAAUCAGAAGUGACGGUGAGUUGUAAAUUUUCUCCUCGUGCUUCAUCAAAACUUGAUCGGGCUGAGUGGAUGUGCGAACGUGGUAUAAUAUCAGCUGAAUGUACAAGUCAGUUUCCAUUUUUGAAAGAAAAAAUCGCAUAAAUAAAACAUUUGUUGGCCAAGGAAUCGGAGAUCCCAGAAAUAUUUUCUACCAACGAGGCAAGCGGUUUCUAGAGCUUUCUACCUCCAAGUUUGUCGUCUUAAUGUAAAUAACUUUUUACUGGGAGGAGCAAAUAAACGCCAACUUUCAAA